AUGGAUUCAACUAUGAGAUGUGCAAGAUUCGCACAACAAAACGGUGAGUUGGAGCUUGCUGUUGUUCCAGUACCAAAGAUCACUCAGACCAACCAAGUAAAGAUCAAGGUUUAUUCAUGUGGUGUUUGUCACUCUGAUGUUCUUGGCAAGUACGGAUUCCCAGGAAUCAGUUGGCCAAGAAUUCCAGGUCAUGAAGCUGUGGGUAGAGUUUUAGAGGUUGGUUCUGCCGUCACCCGGUUCAAGGUCGGUGAUAAGAUUGGUGUCGGUUGGUUCGGUGGUCAUUGCGCGACUUGCAAUCCAUGUCUAGAUAACGAAUGGGUGUGCUGUCAAAAAGGUCAAGUCUGUGGAAUUCACUACGACGGUGGUUACGCCGAGCAGAUGAUUGCACCUGAGGACGCAUGCGCCUUGGUUCCAGAGGAAUUGGACUUCAAACACUCCGGUCCAUUGAUGUGUGCCGGUAUCACUGUAUACAACUCUAUUCGUCAGCAAGACAUUAAAGUCGGUAGCUUAGUUUGUAUUCAAGGUAUCGGUGGAUUGGGUCAUCUCGCAAUCCAAUUCGCCAGAAAGAUGGGUUAUGAAGUAGUAGCAUUCAGUGGUGGUGCUGACAAGCGUGAUCUUGCAUUGAAACUUGGUGCCAAUCACUACAUUGACGGAUCACAACCAGAUGCCAUCGAACAACUUACCAAACUCUCACCGAAACUCAUUGUUACAACUUCGCCAAGUGCUAAAGCCGCUGAAUCGCUACUUCCUGCUUUGGCUACCUGUGGUAAAUUCUUACUUCUUGCUGCCAUUACUGAUCCAAUGAAUAUUAAUCCACUUCAAUUAUUACUUAAAAAACAAUCUAUUGUUGGAUUCCCAUCUGGAGAUUCAAGAGAUUCAGAAGAUACUCUCAAAUUUGCAGCAAUCAACAAUGUACAGGCUAUGGUUGAGGUGUUCCCACUUGAAAAAGCAGCGGAAGCAUUAGGUAAAAUGUUGGAAAAUCGUAUUCGUUUCAGAGGUGUACUUUCUAUUGUUCCAGAGGAUCAGCUAUAA